GAAUCUCAAGGUUCCGAGAACAGCGUCGAAACCGAAAGCCUGGCUCGUUUCGCCGUCGAAGAAUACAACAAGAAGGAGAAUGCUCUGCUUGAGUUUGUGAGGGUGGUGAAUGAGAAGGUGCAGGUGGUUUCGGGCACUCUGUACUAUCUGACGAUUGAGGUCACCGACGGGGGGAAGAAGAAGCUCUAUGAAGCCAAGAUCUGGGUGAAGCCUUGGGCCAACUUCAAGGAAGUGCAGGAGUUCAAGCUUGUUGCUGACUCUUAGUUUGUCUUGAGAGGUUUGUGGGCUUUCAUUUAGUUUAUUUAUUUAUUUAUUGCCUUUUUCUAAUUACCUGGUCAUUUGUUUGGAGAAUGGGGUAUUGGAGUAGGAUUUGGUUGUGUUAAUCUGUAUCUUGUAUUUUUGUGUCAAUAUGUAUGGAAGUAUAUAAAAUUGUAGAUUUGCAUUUCUUGUUAAUGUAAAUUUCUCAACUGAGCUUAAGAGUUUAAGAUUUUGGAAAUUCAAUUGUAAGCAAUUUACACAAAAAAUUCACUCAUUGUAGACGACUUGGAUCCUCUCCUUGGCAUUAGUUUUCCUGCUUCCUUGUUUUCUAAUGAAAGAGAAC